AUGAUACAGUGGUGGGUACGAAAGAGACAAAUAAGGUAUGUGAGCGGAGAAGCAAGACAUGGUCAGGGUUUUGUGGAGACUCAAAGCACUGUGAUCAGCAAUGUCGGGAAUGGGAGGGGGCAAAACAUGGAGCUUGUCACCGAGAUGGGGUUGGGAGGGCAUGCUUUUGCUAUUUUAAUUGCUAAAUGUUACAAGAUCGGUGAAGAACGGGCGAUGUGUAUUAUGGGUUUCGUAAUUUCUAGCUCUUUAAAUAAAAAGCGCCGGGCACCACCGUUACCCUCCUUCGUCGGCUCCUCUCUCCGCCGCACAUCCUCUACUAUCUCACCUGAUCCAAUGGCUCCGAAGAAGGAGAAGGCACCUCCGCCGUCUUCCAAGCCCACCAAGUCCGGCGGUGGAAAGCAGAAGAAGAAGAAAUGGAGCAAGGGAAAGCAAAAGGAGAAGAUUAAUGGAUCAGUAGCAAGAAAAGCGAUUAGAGAGUUGAUGGCAAGAGGUGCAAUUCGGAUGGUUUCUGCUCAUUCAAGCCAGCAGAUAUACACAAGAGCUACCAAUACAUAA